AUGGCUCUCCGGCAGCGACUCGCGUGCAGCCGGCGAGGCCUCCCGCGGGCAGGCCGUCGGGCGGGCUCGGCCAGGUCUCCUCCGGCGGCAGUUGCUCCAGCGCAGCUCCGUCGGGCGCUCGGGGCUGCGGUGGCGCGGCGGGGAGCCGAAGAAGAGGGUCGAGACGCCCUCACGCCUCACGCCCCACGCCACGCCCAUUCUCGUUUCAAACUCUUCUCGGCUUCACGCCCUCACGCCACGCCCAUUCUCGGCUUUGCACGCGGAAUUCUCGGCUUCACGCCCUCACGCCACUUCACGCCCUCACGCCACACGCCCUCUUCUCACGCCCUUCACGCCUCACGCCCAUCUCUUCGGCUUCACGUCCUCACGCUUCUCGGCUACGCCCACGCCACGCCAUUCACGCCCUCACGCCCACUCGCGGCUUCACGCCCUCACGCCACGCCCAUUCUCGGCUUCACGCCCUCACGCCACGCCCAUUCUCGGCUUCAUCUCGGCUUCACGCCUCACGCCACGCCAUUCUCGGCUUCACGCCCUUCUCGGCUUCACGCCCUCACGCCACGCCCAUUCUCGGCUUCAUCACGCCCACUUCGCCACGCCCUCCGCCACGCCCAUUCUCGGCUUCACGCCCUCACGCUUUCGGCUUCACGCCCUCACGCCACGCCCAUUCUCGGCUUCACGCCCUCACGCCACUCUCGGCUUCCACGGCCCUCAGCGCCACGCCCAUUCUCGGCUUCACGCCCUCACGCCACGCCCAUUCUCGCUCACGCACGCCCACUUCGGCUUCACGCCCUCCGCCACACGCCCAUCUCGGCUUCACGUCUCGCUUCACCCCUCACGCCACGCCCAUUUCUCCGACGCCACGCCCAUCUCGGCUUCACGCCCUCACGCCACGCCCAUCGGCUUCACGCCCUCACGCCACGACCCUCUCGCUUCACGCCCUCACCGCCUCACGCCCACUUCUCGGCCUUCACGCCGCCACUCACGCUUCACGCCCACGCCACGCCAUUCUCGGCUUCACGCCCUCACGCCACGCCCAUUCUCGGCUUCACGCCACGCCCACUCUCGGCUUCACGCCCUCACGCCACGCCCAUUCUCGGCUUCACGCCCUCACGCCCACUCUUCGCUUCACGCCCUCACGCCACGCCCAUUUCUCGGCUUCACCCCUCACGCCACGCCACUCUCGGCUUCACGCCCCCACGCCACGCCCUCCUCACGCCCCACGCCACGCCCAUUCUCGGCUUCACGCCCUCACGCCCACUCUCGGCUUUCACGCCCUCACGCCACGCCACUCUCGGCUUCACGCCCUUCACGCCCCACGCCACGCCCAUUCUCGGCUUCACGGGCGCGG